AUGGAACAAAAUCGACCAAACAGUCGACAGCAUCUUUCUAUACCACAAGCUGCCACCUCGUCGGCGCCGUCGCCACAACUCCGCCAUCGACCAUCCUUUCGAGAUCGCUUCUGGGCGAGGACCAGUGCAAACUAUGACGGAGAAGAUGAUGUCGUCCAGGAGCCUCAGGCAAAUCCCACCAAAAAGAGCCCCUAUGUCCCCAUGAAUGCAGCCUCUGGCUUUUCGAGAACCGCGUCAACGCCACGCGAGCAGUUCAAGCGAAGAAGCCGAUCAGACGAGCGACCAUCGAGCAGGGAAUCGGGCAUCAACGUCCACGCUCGAUCACCUCUCAGUGACCUAGCCGCGGGCCACCUGUAUGUCCAUACUGAGUCCGAGCCUGAUACCACCGACUUUGCCGACUUUAUCGCCGCCGCGCAGACCGAGGAGCGCGUCCGUCGUGCAGCGUCUCAGAGGCAGGGAGCACGAAGCCACUAUCGAGACAGCGGCUACUAUUCGGCAUCCAACGGCGGCCGCAACGACCACGGGCUGUAUUCGCCGUCUCUGCCUUCAUCGGCUUCGGCAGCCGGGGCGGCGAGGUUGAAGGCGCAGCCGUCGAGGACGUUUGGCCAGCGCAUUGCGGAGUACAUCAAGCCUCCGCGAGAUGAUUCUGUGCCGUCGCACGAAAGGCGUUCCGGAUGCGUUUUGAUGGAAGUAAACGACUUAGAAUAG